AUGUGGCGCAAUGUGGAGACGGCCGGUGUGCACUUGGCAGACUGCACACUACUAGGUUACCGCGGCGAUCUGGCGCUGGAGCAGAAACGGGCGGAGGCGGAGGCACAGAAGCGUCACAAUGCACCCAAAGAAGGAGGCCCCACCAAAACAAAUGGCACAACUGCAAAGCAACUGGCUUCACCAUUUAUUCGUGUUGAUGAAGAAUUGAUCGCAUCGAGUAUUUCUCUUUCUGCAAUGCUACGCGCUGAAGCAGAGCGCAAGGCACAUUUGACGAACAAAAUACGGCAUGAAGAGGAGAGAGAAGCAUUACUCAAGCUGCAUGAUGGAAUGCGGAGCACCAUCAUUGACAGCUGGGCGCUGGAAUUAGAGAGGCUGAAGGUGACAGAGCAGAAGGCUUUCAGGAAUGCUCAAUGCAGAGAACGAAGCCGACGGGUGUCGCAGUGGCGCGAGGCCGCUGGUCAACAGCACCUGGCGGAUGAGGCACGACUAUGGGCAGACAUGGAGCAGGUGAUGAUGCGGGAACGAGAGGAGGGCAGAGCCGCGCAUCGUCAGCGAAACACGACAGCGCGGAACUAG